UUGUACGUUCUACAUUCUGAUCCGAGGAUCAGCUGGAGGCAGCAAUAAACAGAAGCAAAAUCUGCAAAAAAGGAAGAAGAGGAAAAAGCUGCAGAUGUUAUGAUCUGAAAAUAUCAGUGUAACAUUUUACACAGAGCCCUUCUUCUAAGAAGAAAGCCUUUUAUUUUUCUACCAUGGUGUUUUAACUACCUCAGUUAAAGGCUACCUAAAGCUAUGCUUUAAGAGUUGUCGUUUCUACUGUGUCUGAGAUCCCGUUUACAACUUGAAUAUUUUACAGCAAAGGCAGGCCUUUGCUCCGAACCAAGUGAAACCUUACAUUUGCACUACUGAAGCCUGUCACUCUUGCUUGUCAUAACCGAUCCAGCAAAGGGCUUCAAGUGGGAAAAAAAAGAGAUUAGAAACAAGCGAUACGCAAAUACACAUAGGAAUUUCAACGGUGCAGCUACAGCUUUCUUUCUUUGUGAACCACAAAAAGCACCCAAACGACAAAACCAUCGACAACGCAAGCAUGUUUCAGCGUCUGAGCAACCUGCUGUUUGGGGAGGUAGAAGAGGUGGCGGCUGAGCUGAAUGGACCCAAACCCUGCGUGACGGAGGCCGACGAGGAGGGAUGGAUGCUGGUCAACCUGCCUGAAGGGCCUGGCUGCAUGAUGCAGGCGGAGGAUGCUACCGGAGCCUCACUGACUGCACAAUCAUUCCCUGACAGUAACCAAUCGAAACAUCUAAAUACACAUGCGAGGACUGAAUGCCCGAGCCCUGUCCCCCAUCUGCCUCACAAACGCCGCCGGACACACAAAGGUCGGCCGCGAGGUGCGGUAGCGUCAUCAGAGCCUCUGUCGUGUCCCGGUGCGAGCCCGUCAGAUUUGGGUGUCACUACACCUGUGAGCGCUCCAAGGCGAACCAGACUGUCCACACCCUCCUCCACCCCGUCCAUGUCUCCUGGCUCUGGGAGUGAGUGUGGGGCCAGUGGGGGUAGCAGUAGGGCAGGUUCAGAGAGAGGCUGCAUGGAUGAGAGCUGGUUUGUCACCCCUCCCCCCUGUUUCACUGCAGAGGGAGCCACGGCAGAGGCCAGCCCCAUGGAGGACCUGCUCAUCGAGCACCCCAGCAUGUCUGUGUAUGUUUCCCCCAACAACUUGUCCAUGGUCUCCAAUGGCAACCUGUCUGUGGUGGGAGAGGAGAGCAUUGUCAGCCUGGCAAGCAGCGUGAGCCGAGUGGCUGAACUGCCUGCCGCCCCCAUGAGCCACAGCACUAUGCCCACCAGGGUGAGCCGUGGGGCCGCUGCCCAGGCCGGUGCUCUGGCCAAGGUCACCCAGGUGGCCCGGGUCCAGCGUAGCAAAGGCCGCAUGGAGAGGCGCCAGCUGGGCCGCAACCGCAUCCAACGCCAAAACCGCACCAGGGAGCAGGUCCCUCGCCACGCAGCUCACGCCAGAAACACCUUUCUCCACCAGCCCAGCAAGCGUAACAUCUGCCAUUAAAGUCACCGCACACCGGGGGGCAGUGUUUACUCUGAGGGCAUUACACACCAGGUCACACAUUAAUACAUAAAUAUCCACAGUAUAAGAGCUUUGGUGCACAUUAUGUCAUACUACACUCAAAUACCAGUAGACCAGUAGCUUCUUUGGCUUAGACGCGAGCCAGACUGGUGGGUUUUAUUAAACCAAGCCCUCUGACUUCAUCUAGUUUUACACUCUUUGCCCACUGCAGUAUCGAAAACACAUUGGAAAAGUCUUCAAUAGUUACACCAGUUUUACUUACUUACAAUAAUACUUACAAUAAAAAAAACGACAAACAAUUUAGCUGAAUUAAUUUGCUUUACUGUUAUAACAAAUUAUUGUCUCUAAAUCUAUUCUUUGUUGUUUUUAAAUUCAAGCAUUAUAUCCCCAAACUGUGUACUUUUCUCUAACUGGAGGACCAGCUUUUAUUUUGGAAACAGUGUCAGGCAGAGACAGGUUUUACAGAGAGAGAACAUGUCGGUGCUUCACAUUAAAGAGAUUAUUUUAAAAUAUUUGUUAAAACAUUUUGAGAGGGAAAUAUACCGUGUGUGAUGAGAGAAGGGGGAAGUGACUGAACGUUCUCCUGUUUGGUUUUUACCAACCUGCACGAGACAGGAUCACGAGGCUUCUGUCGCUUCCCUCGUCUCCCUCUGUGAAGGGUAAGAGCAAGUAGAAGAUGGUGAAAGAGCAAAACAGACUAAAGAGUGAAAGAAAUCACACCAUGAAUUAUAACCAGAAUUAUGACUGAUGAAUGAUGUAAAGAGAUGGAAAGUGUCAUGUAACCCUCAGAGCAAGGAGCUUCAAAUAGAAAGUGUCUCUUACUUUGCAUAUCAAAUGUUUUCUGGGUGGGGUUUUUUUUCAAGAUGAAAACAGAGAUACUGUCCAUAAUGAGAAGGGUUGUAAAUUUAAAGCGCCUGCCUCUGGGUUACAGGGUCCGGUAGGUUACAGUAAGUGAAGAGCGGUAUCGAUGGAAACUCUUUAUUUUGUUUUGUUACUCUAUUUUCUGCUAUUUUUAAUGUCUCUCUCUGUGGUUCAGGGAAAGGAAAGAAAGCUGGUUCCUGUCAGACAAAGAGAAAGCACACGCUUCCUGUGAUAAUACACAGCAUGACGACAACUAAAUGUGUCUGUAAACUUAAGCGACGCGCCCAGCAUCCACGACGGCUGCUGUGAUCUGUUCAUUUCCACGUUGGUCCCUUUUCUUUAGAAAUGAAUGACCUCCCAGGAGGCUUCUGUUAAAGGAAACGGGGUGAAACAUCCCAGCAACCAUCCACCUGCAACAUGUUCAAAAGCUUCUAUGAACUGCUUUUAACAUCUACUCCAUCCUUGUCUGUCUUGUUAGCACAUCCACGUCCACUUAAAGAUCUAGAUUAUUGAUAUUUAUUCAACAACAAUAGUCAAAAUGGUGCUGAAGUAUAUACUAAUGUUUGUAAAUUAUUUGAGACAUGGAUGUAAGUUUGCACUGUCAUACAGUUUGUGAGUUUUAGCAGCGUGCUGUGUGUGUGUGUGUGGUUUAAUCCCCCCUCCUGUUUUUCUUUUGUGGUUUUCAUUUUUUUCUUUCUUUCUUUUGAUUGAUUCUGCGUGAGAAGGUGUACUGUCAAGUUGAAUUGUAGAGAUUCUUUUAAAAAACAUGCAUAUGAGUCAUUUAUUUCUCUUGUAAAUAGUGCAAAACAAUUUAUUAUGCUUUGUUAGAUGUCAAAGCCUCUCAGGACUUGAGUCCACGAUGUUUGUUGUGUCCAAUGGGACUGAUCUGCCUCACGUGUGUGUUCGUUGUCAACCAAGAGGGUUCUAAGUGGUGCCCGGUUCUGGCCUGUAGAAGCAGCAGUGCAGCCAGAGUUGGUGUGCACAGGCAAACACUGCCCUCCAGAGGGUCUCCUCAGCACGGCACCGGCUGAAUGGAGGGUCCAGUGCAGUGGUCCGGGACAAAGGAUUGAUUUGGAUGAUUUGUCUCACUGAAACCAUUUACAAUCAGUUAUUUACCCUUGAAUCAUAUACCACAGUUAGUUUUAUUUCUAACAAUUAUUCUUUAAUGAUUUUUUUCGAGAUAUAACUUAGAGAGAUAACUUAUAAUUGAAUGUGUCUUUGUUUGUUUAAAGAUAAACUAUUAUGUUUAUAUUUGAUUCCUCUGAGAGGUGCAGGAGACGGGUCUGAGGUGGUGAGUGCACAUGAGUUCACACACAUACACACAGUGAUCUCUGAUAUUUAGGAUCGGCCACAUCACCGGGGAUUCCGUUCAUGCCUCAUACAGCAGGUAGAUGUUUAUUUACCUGUUCAAGUGAAAACACACACACACUGAACACAGGGUAAUGAGAGAUCUCAGGUGGAUGUGUGUGUGAAAAAUGUAAAUAUCGCCCCACAGAUCGUUCUGUCUCCACCAACCUGUUCUGUUUUCCUCAGUUUUCGUAUGCUUGCUUUCUCACCAGUGUCAUGUAAAAUGAAAAAGGUGUUCUCCUUUGUGUGUGAUUAUUGACAGCUGUGGUUUAAAAGCUGAAGUCAUCGAGUAUUGGAGAGUGGAAAUGGUCACUUAAUGUUUGGAGCCUAAAUGACGCAAGGGAAGUGGACAGAGGAAUUACGAGGCAGGAGACAGACAGUUUAUAUACAAAAAAAAAUUAAAUGUAUCAUAAAAUACAGUAGAAUAUGCUUGUAUUUUCCCUUAUAGUUAAUAGAAGAGUUGUUCAAUAAUAGGACAUUUUGAAAGGCAGUGAAUGUCUGGGGAGUUUCUUUCUUUUUUUCUUGUGCCCUAAAAUGAUGGCAGCUGCAAAACACGGGGUUUCAUCCAUAUUACAUCUCUAUUAGUGCACACCCCCAGAAAAAAAAUGAAAUAUGUAGAUUUAUAAAACAUGGUGUAUCUGAUAUCUAUGGUGAUUGUGCCUUUCACUAUUUCUGCAUGGUUUUUGUGACUUACAAAUGUUCCAUCCCCAAAGUGGAUCGGCGUCCACUUACAGGCCAGACCUAUGCAAAAGUCCAUGGAUGGGUUUUCCAGAAUCCAUCCAGAAAACACAGGUACCCAUCAAAAACAACAGCAACAAUAAAUACUCAGGUUAACGCCUGAA